UAUAGGUGUGAUGGCUCACAAAAAAAUAAAAUUCUUAAGUAAUGGAAAAAUGAAAGGCUAUCUCCCGUUAAAGUGAUGAGAUGCAAACCAUGUUGACAGAGCCUACAUGGACACGAUAGAGUUAUGGAUAUGGAUUUAAACUGGGAGAGGUGGCAUAUGAUAUUGAUUCAUUAAGGAGAAAUAGUCAAAUUUCAGUGCAGGAUCUGGAGUGAAGGGGAAAUAUUGGGCCUUGGUGACUGAUGACGUGAGAAAGGGAGAGAGGUGGUAUCAGGGGAAGCUGCUGAGAGGAAGAGGCAAUAACCCCCAAGGCUGGAUACUGAGCAUUCCUGGUAACCAGGAAAAGGCAAAUAUAAACAAAGAGAGAUGAGUGAAGAUGCCUGGUGCACUGAGGGUCUGGAAAUACUGGCAGAUUACUGCAGCACCGCACUGGGUCAAAGUGGUAGCUGGGGAUCUGAGCUCGGUGGUGACGCGAGGACCUCACGUGACCAGGAGCCUAUGUCUGCCCAAGUCCCUCUCAUCCUGGUCCUUUUUGCCAGUCCAGACACCGUCUGCCCUUUGGUGGAGGGGAAAAGCAGAAGGAAGUGAGUCCCCGCGGUCCUCUGAAAUCGGUCUGCAGGUCACAGCGGAGAGAAAGCCUGGGAGCAAACGGCCUGGAGAGGUCCGGGUCCCGGAAGGGCUGUUCCCAGCAUGGACACAUCCUGCCAAGCGAAUGACCAGCCACAGGGCGUGCCCGAGACGGACGAGGAGCAGCCUCAGGUGGAGCCCUCGCCCCAAGAGCCUAGCCCGGAGGAGCAUCGCCCGGAAGAGCCUUGUCCAGAGGAGCUUUCUACCGAGGAGCCAUCUUCGGAAGACCAAUCCUCCUCCGAGGAGGAGUUCUUUCCCGAGGAGCUCCUUCCCGAGCUGCUGGGGCCCGAGGGGCGCCCCCCAGAGGAGCGCCUUCCCGGGCCCGAACUGUUCGAGGCGCGCCCGCCCAUGGAGCAGCCUCCCUGCGGAGUGGGGAAACACAAGCUGGAAGAAGGGAGCUUUAAGGAGAGGCUGGCACGCUCUCGCCCGCAGUUUAAAGGGGACAUACAUGGCAGAAAUUUGAGCAACGAGGAGAUGAUACAGGUAGCAGAGGAGAUGGAAGAGAUGAAAAGAGUACGAAACAAAUUGAUGAUCAUGCACUGGAAGGCGAGACGGAACCGUCCUUAUCCCAUUUAAUGUGCCCGGCCUUUAAUGCUGGUUUGCCUAAUUUCAGUAUUGCCACUCGAAUCCCUCUCGCCAUCUUCCUAAUUUUAACUUUUUUUUGCAUGGCUUUAUUUAAGGUGUUUCACUUGUAACUGGUGUAAAAUUGGGCUUCCUUCCCCUCCCAUCUGCAAGUCUCCCUAUCAAUCAUGUCUCAUCCAUUUGCAUGGACAGAUGAACAUUAUAUAUUGUGAAGUGAAAAAGGCAAUUUUCAAAAAGUAUAUGUAGUAUCCCAUUUUUGUAAAAAAUGUAUAUUUAUAUAUUAAUAUGCAAAGUAAAAAAAAUAUAUACUUCAAAGGCUUAACAAUGGCUGUCUUUGUGGUAAGAAAAUAGGUGUUUGUUUUUUAUUUUUGCUUUGUUGGAACGUCUCAUUUUUUCAGGACGAACAGAUUUUACUUGUGUUCCAAAAAUUCCACACCCCAAUAUAAUGGGGGAAAUGUCAAGCAGUAUACACAUUUAUCACCUUAUAAAGACAAUGUAGCACUUAAUAAAUAUUUGUCAGAACU